CAGCAUCUUCAGUCUUCGAUGAUCACCCGGAUCCUGCAGAACUGUUGUUGGACAGGUCUCGCCUCGUCAUACAAUAGGUGAUAUAAAUCCUCGUCUCGCAAAGGGAACGACUGUUAGUCGAUCGCAUAGUGCGACAACCCAAAGUUCGAACUUGAGAACAAAUGAAGAUCCACGGGUUGCUUUUGGUGGUGCUGGUUCUGGCGCCGGUCUGCCUGGUUUCGGCAAGCGUUGGAGAGUUCUUUGAAAAGCUGUUCACGGCUUUUCACCCUGCUGGUAUCAAUGUAACCAAUGCGGCGGAAAAUACAACUGAGUUCAGUUUCAUUACCACGGAGAUAGCAGAGGAAACGGAAACUGUGGCGACUGAAUUCGACAACGAAACUGAAGUGUUCAACGUUAAGUUAAUCGCAGUAAAGGAAGAGAUUUUGUUAGAUUCAGACGAGUCUACAACCGAUGCCACAACUGUUGAAGAUACGACAUUGGAACCAAGCAGCACUACGACUGCCUCAACUACCACAACGGUGGUUUACAAAUUGUUUCACCCGAAUACGACAAGUACAGGUUCAACUACGACUACUACGCUGUCAACAAUUGAUUCGGAUUCUACUGGAACAUCUAAUGCUACAACAUCUUCCUCCUCGGCUACGGAUGAAUCAUCCACCGCUGCACCAGCAAUUACUGGUUUGGAUACAGCAACUCCAUUAUCACCAAACACAACAUCGCCCAGUGAAGUAUCAUCAAAUUCAUCCACGGCUUCAACGAUAGCCGAAACGUCGUCCGCAGUGCCCACGACAACUGUAACAACAACAACAGAAGCAACGACAACAGAACCUACUUCAACGGCUGCGUCAUCAAUCGCUGCAUCAUCAACCGCUGCACCAUCAACUGAUGCACCAAAGACGACAACAGUUUCACCAACAGCCACCAAUACGACGUAUCAACCUACCGAGUCUCCUUCAACAGCUUCAUCGAUAAACCAAUCCGCUUCUUCGUUAGCUCAACCGUUAGCGGAUUCCUCCACCAUUGUAGACAACGUGCUCUGUAAAACCACCUACAACGCAGAAACAAACCUGAGGAUAACCUCCUGCUCAACAUCGGCGACGACUCCCAAAAGUCAACGUAAAAGAUCCGCGGACCACAACGUGGAGCCGGUGCUCCUUGCCGAUACAAUUCAGGCCGGCGACGGAAGUACAUCCGAUGAAGGUUUUCCUUCGAGCGAAGAGAUCGGGGAUGACGAUGGUGACGUCUUCGAGUAUGAAACGACAAUUAGCGACUCGUGAAUAAGGUGUUAAGUGUGUGAAAAAAUGUUGAGGCUGAAUGAUUGUGACUAUUGGAAAGGUUCGGAUGAUGCCUGUUUGAUUUGGAAUAAACACAAUAACUGACUAGGUUUUAAGAUAUCGACUGGUUGCGAACAAAUAAAUUCUAUACAAUAUGUA